AGGGAAGGGUCGCCGGCCAGCCCCGAUGCAUUUGUCCGAGGGAGCGCUGGAGACUCGGGGUGAGGCGCAUUGCCUGGGGCUUCCGAUGGUACUCUGGGCCGCGAUGGAAGCCUAGAUGCCUCACCGCAAGGAGCGGCCGAGCGGGUCCUCGCUUCACGCCCACGGCAGCGCCGGCACCGCGGAAGCAGGAAACAUGUCCCGGCUGUCUCUCACCCGGUCGCCCGUGUCUCCCCUGGCCGCCCAGGGCAUCCCCCUGCCAGCUCAGCUCACCAAGUCCAACGCGCCGGUCCACAUUGACGUCGGCGGCCACAUGUACACCAGCAGCCUGGCCACGCUCACCAAGUACCCCGACUCCAGAAUAAGCCGCCUCUUUAACGGUACCGAACCCAUCGUCCUGGACAGUCUGAAGCAGCAUUAUUUCAUCGACCGGGAUGGCGAGAUUUUCCGCUACGUCCUGAGCUUCCUGCGCACGUCAAAGCUGCUGCUUCCCGAUGACUUCAAGGACUUCAGCCUGCUGUACGAGGAGGCGCGGUACUACCAGCUGCAGCCCAUGGUGCGCGAGCUGGAGCGUUGGCAGCAGGAGCAGGAGCAGCGGCGCCGCAGCCGGGCCUGUGACUGCCUGGUGGUGCGCGUCACGCCAGACCUGGGCGAGCGCAUCGCGCUCAGCGGUGAGAAAGCCCUCAUCGAGGAGGUCUUCCCUGAGACCGGCGACGUCAUGUGCAACUCGGUCAACGCUGGCUGGAACCAGGACCCCACGCACGUCAUCCGCUUCCCGCUCAACGGCUACUGCCGGCUCAACUCGGUGCAGGUCCUGGAGAGGCUGUUCCAGAGAGGCUUCAGCGUGGCUGCUUCCUGCGGGGGCGGCGUGGACUCGUCCCAGUUCAGCGAGUACGUGCUGUGCAGGGAGGAGCGGCGGCCGCAGCCCACCCCCACAGCCGUGCGGAUAAAACAGGAACCCCUGGACUAGGCCCUGCCUCAGGGCCCGCCUGAGGCUUCUUGGCCCUGGGGACCCCCAGGGACCUGGAAACAGUGCUGGGGCGUUCUGCCUGCUCGCACCUCACCUUGGCCAUGAGACUGAAGGUGGGGCUGGCCCCGGAGGGCAGGGCCCGAGGUGUCAUGGCAACAGCAUGUGGGGCGUUGGAGGCGUGCCCACCCGAGGACUGUUGGCGUGACCCAAAGAGGCCGUGGUGGGGAGCCCACUGCCAGCUCUCCCAGCAGCUCGGCCCGGCCCGGACGCCUGGCACCGUGUCCCCCUCCGAGGUCGGCAGAGGCGCCCUCGGCUACUCGGGAGCAGCUGUGUGUCCUUCUGCGCUUGCAUGGCGGGCUCUGGUAGGUCUCGCGUCAGAGGUGGCUUAUUUUUCUACAGUAUUGACAGUGGAAGGAAGGGUCGCCUCACGAGCCAGGGGGCCACUAGGGUCAGCGCUGCUUUAAUCUGGUGCUCAGCUCCCAGUGGGACACGCUGCGAGGCUCUGGGGACACAGGGAGCACAGGGCUCAGGGGCUGAAGUAGGACCCCCGGAGGGCAGGGCAGCUGGGAGGAGGGCAGUGGGGCCCGGGUGGGUCUGUCACCGUCUGAGGCCCUCCCCUCUGCUGCUUCCGGGGGCUCAGGUCGCACUUGGUGGGUCACUUAACCCACGGACGCCCAGGGACUCCGGGUCCCGUCUGCGCGUACUCACACCUGGGCUCCCAGGGGACGUCUCUCCCGGUCUGGACCACACCUUACCUCAGGAAUGGGCCCCACCGUGAAGGGGCCCAUGGGUCAGCAGUGCCCCCUGGGUCCCCAGCUCAGGGAGCCAUCCCCAGCUCCAGUUUUCCCACACCAAUAUGCACACUGAGUUUUAAAGACACUUCUGACACUAGCCUGGCCGCCAGACCGCGCCUCGGGCCGGUGGUCCGGGAUUCCGACCCCAAGGGGUCCUCCCAGCCAGAGGUGGCCACCUCCCCCCCCCCCCCCCCCGCCCGGCCACCCCAUCCCACGUGCUGGUCUUGACAGGUGUGGCAAGCACGGAGAACUAGAGGGUGGGGUGCUCCGGGCCAGUGGGCCGCCCUGUGUACAAUGCUGUAGACUUGUAUAUGACUCCUUUAAUAUUGUAAAGAAGCUGAUGCACCACUGUUGUUUGUGUAAACACGUUCCGUUCCCAGUUCACGCCGUGAGUGACGUGGUAAAGCAAAAGACUGAAGCCUGGUGGUGGUUGUGGUACAGGGAGGUUCGGGGUGAGAAUCUGCCCUCCGCACAGUGAAUGGCCGCGGUGGCGGGGUGGGGGAGGGGAGGUGCGCUGGCCCGGUCCCCUCCUGCCCUGGGUGGGGAGUUAUUUAUUGCAUUGGGUGUUCCCUCGCUACUUCUGCCCGCCCCUUCUGGGCAGCACAGACUCUGACUUGUGAUUCACAACGCCUAACCGGAUGCGAGCCAGGGAGAAGCAGACAGGUGGUAUCCAGCAGCUUUUAAGCGCAGUCUUAAGUGUGGGGCGUUUUCUGUCUCAAUCGGGCUCAACUCCACUUGCGAGGCCUCCGCUGCGGUGUGAGAGGGGUGGCCGGCCGUGGCUGAGGCCAGCCAGGGGGCCGGGGCCAGCUGGGAGGACCACAGAUCACUUGGGGGCCCAGGAGACCUUGGUGUGAAGGAGGUUGAAGGUAUCCCCGCAGGCUCCAAUCUCCCCGAGCCUUUGUGUGUUUUCCAGCAAAGCUCACGUUCUGUCCCCUGGGACCCCCCUUUCCGUGCCCUCUAAGGGCCACCAGCCUCAACCUGCCUCCCAGGCCGGGAGCGCAGAGCAGCUGCUUCCUGUGUGAGGCCCCAGAGCAGACGCCGCCCCACCGUGCAAUCUAAUUUGCUGGGCAAACUCGCUGGGCUUCUCCUCAGCUUAGCAACGCGCCCACAGUUGGCACAGCUGCAUUUUGGCAUCUGAGGCUCCCAUCGGAAAGGAGGAGAAAGUGUUGUGUUCAUUAGGAAGGAAGUCUUGUGCAAACAGCUCCGUGCUGUGUGCUUGCGCGCGGGCGCACGGAAUUGUCUGGUCUAACACAGCCGGCGUGGCUACCCACGGGCUGAGGCUCUCCAGCAUUCCCGAGCAAACCAUCUUUUUGACUAAAUCAUUGUGCUCAGAAAAGAAGAGGAAGGACUUACUUAAAUGCUACUCUAAUUUAUUUAUUUCUUCACUAAUUAAGUAAAAUCCAGAAGUAUGAUUUUGACGUCAACUGGAGAAUUUCUGAAUUAGGGAAGCACUGUGUUCUCUCCUAGCGGAGAGUCACAGUCCCCAUAGACAUUAAGGACCAAUGAUGGAUUCCUUGAAAGCAUUUUUACACUUCCUGGAAUGAAUCUAUUAUUAAGCAAUCUUUUGGUCAAAUACCAGCAGUGUCAAUGUUUCUUUUGCUUUUUGUAAACCUCCAAGCGAGUUUUUCUUGAUGGCCAAGGGACUGGACAGAGAGCCCGGCCACUGCUGACUUCCGUCUCCAUCUCCCACUGCACCUCUGCCAAUGCAGGCGGCCCUGCCACCGCCCCCCUCAUGGCGGGGGGCCCCAAGCCAGGUCACAACACUUAAUACUAUCUUUUAAAAAGUGUGUGUUUUUUUUUUUUUUUAAAGCUACUACUUGACUGUGUUCCUUAGAAUAAAU